AUGGUUACGGGGGCUUGCGACGGGACUUUGCUGACCACGUUCUGUAUAGAAAUUCGAAACCGGAUCUACGAGCUUGCGACAGACAAACAUGUAGCCCUUCUCCCACCAGGGUCCACUGCAUUUGACUCGCUACCCGCCCGCAGCCGUACAAAGAGGCAAUUCUUCAACUUGACGCACGUCUCACGACAAGAUCGCGCAGAGGCCCGGCCAAUCUACAUGAGGCAAACUAAUGUUUGGGUAUACCACGUGGAUCUCUACAAGUACCUUGUCACAUUCGUCUUUCCGGGCAUGGAGCGACAGGACGCCGUCGGCGACGUCGGAAUUGUUCCAGGCUGCUAUAGUGUGGAGGGGAGUCUCCGGGGGCCGCAACCCUUCGAUCUUCUCCCCUCCUUCCGCCAUUGCGAUAUUGCCCCAGGGCUUAAGGUCUCUUAUCCCUCUACGUACCCUAUUGCCGAGGAUUACUUGAGCACAAUCGCCGAAGUGAGGAAGAAUGAGCUUUGGAGGGAAUAUGUCCACUCGGCAGUGGCCCGUCUACGAGUGAUUAGAGAUAUGGGAGUGGGUGUGCUUGUCGUGAUCAAGCCUGGGUUUGCAGAGGAAUGGAUGAGCCGCCACUCUGAUACCCGGGCUGGCUUCUUUAAGGAGCGGGAAGCCUGGAUGAAGCGUGUCGGGCUCUCCCUUCCUCGGAUGUGGUGGUGUAAGGUCAGGAUCGACGGGGAGAGUGGCUAUUAAGGAUUGAAUCAUUCCGACGCCACCAGGAGGAAUGACUCUUUGCAAGGUACUGAAGGCAAAUAAUCCGGUCGACGGCUUGUGCCUUGAAGGCCUUCAGAGGACUAAUCCGUAUAGGUUUUUAGGGGCAUCGUUGUGGCCCUGCUGAGGAACGAAAAGAGAUGACCGCCAUUAUGGAAAAGGCCUCUUCCGACUCGCCUAUGCCGGAGAUGAGUGAUGUCGUUGGGGAGCAGAUACCUCAAAGGGUUGUAAUGUCGAAGCAGCUGUGCCUUCUUUCUCAACCAAGCGUAAGGAGGAGUCUUGACAUGCGGUUCCCAACCUGAAACUCAUAUCCGUUUUUACCCGUUCAACCUCUUUCAGCUCGCACAACUCUCCUUGCCGAGAGCUCGGCGGGUAACCUUGG